GAUUAACCUUAAUUCUAUUAAUUCAACAUUGGCCAAAUUUUUAUUCGGAUUAUCCUUUAUGCCUAUGGAUCAUUUCUACUGCCUUUUUUGAACACAUAUUUGGUUAUGCACAACGAAUUAUUAAAGAUUUUACCGUGCUGGAUUUCUUAUCAAUGAAUGAAAAAUUUUUAAAGAAUAUUAUGAUUGAAAUGAAAGGUGACUUGAUUAGGCCAGAUAACAAUGAUGGAUAUAAUAUUAAAUUAUCUACAGCUAAAGAAAAUUUACCAAAAAAUUUAAUUGAAUUUCCAUCAAUUUUUGGUAUUGAUAGUAUGAUGGAAAAGACUUCAAAUGCUAUGAAAAUUAUACUUUGCAGUCUUGGAAUAUUAAUAAAUAAGGAAAAAUUUUCAGCAUUAAUUCAAAAAUCCUUACAUUCACUUAAAAAAAGAAACAAUCGUAAUAUACUUUUAGAAGAAACAAUUGAUUCCGAUAAUAAAUUUGAUAUGAUUUCUGGAGACUCAGAAUUAACUUUAAACGAAAUAGAUAAUGAAUGUGAUGUUAGCAAAUUAUUAACGCAACAUCAACAACGAUUAUUAAGUAGAUCUAAAUUAACUGAAGAUUUUGACUUUUCUAAUGAUAAUUUAGAUAAAAUGGCUAGUGGAAAUACUCAAAUAACUUCAGAAUUACAGGAUAGAUUAAGUAAUAGUAUGCAACAAAUAAGAACAAAAGGGCGAAUUACACGAUGGAAAACAGCAUGCAAGAAAGUCUUUGAUUCUACUAAAAUAAAUCCACAAUCUUUUAAAUUUAAAAAAGGAGAUUUUUAUUAUUACUGUGAAAAUAAUUAUUCUAUUGUAAUCGCUGAGAUUAUCACAGUAUUUGAAAAACGUGGAUCAAGUUAUGUUCAUAUAGACUUAUUAACAGGCUUAAAUGAGGGAAAGAUCCAUGCGCGUUUAUAUAAUGUUAAGUCAGAUUCAGCAUGUGAAUUUACUCCUAUUAUAAACCAAAAUCGCACACAAUUCAUAUGUGAAUUUAGCUCAUUUCGUUUUGUUGCACAUUUGGGUUCUGUAUCAGAAGAAUAUCACAGAGCUUCUCACUGGUUAGGAAAAAUGAUAAAAUUGGGUGAUCUUCAAUAUGCAACAUAUUUUCAUUUUGUUGAAAAAUCUU